AUGGAUCUGACAAAGCUAUUUCACAAUCUUCGCGAAGAAGUGUCUUGUUCGGUGUGCUCGGACUUGUUUACGGAUCCUAAACAUCUCUCCUGUCUGCACAGUUUCUGCUUAAAGUGUCUAAAACGACGGUACGAAACGUGUGGCGGUGGAGAGGCCAUUAAAUGUCCAAAGUGCCAAACCCUAAGCAGAGUACCUGCGAGCGGUGAUCUGAAAGAUCUUCCAACCAGCUUUUAUUUGAACGGCUUGAUCGAUGUUCUUGCUAUUAAAGAAUGCAAAAGAACUCAAGUGACAUGCGGAAACUGCGACAAGAAGAGUUCAGAAGCUUCGUAUUGUUUCCAGUGUUGCAUAUUUUAUUGCGAGCAAUGCCUGGUUGGUCACAAUAUGAUGCGAGACAAAAAGGAACAUCGCGUAUUGGCAGUUAAAGAGUUCCAAGACAAGGACUACGAGGAUGUAUUGAAGCGACCAGUGUUUUGUUCAAAGGAACGACACCAGAAAGAAGAGCUUAAAUACUACUGCAAAGAAUGCGAGACGGCUCUUUGCCAAACUUGCGUCACUUUGAAUCACGGAGGUCAUGAUUUGAGAUUAAUCGAAGAAGAAGCCGAAAACAAAACACUCGAAAUAAAAUCUAUCCUUCAAUCGCAAAGAAAAGGGUUAGAUGCAAAACUAAACGUGAUUGUUCAACUAGACGAAGACUGUGCUAAAGUGAUUCAACGAAGUGAAAUCGCCAGGAGAGAUGUCCAAAGGUUUGCUGANUGACCGUACACAUACUUCAUGCAUAGGUGUGGUUUUUACGCAUUAUUACUUCUCAACGGACUCAAUCUUUAUUUGUUAUUGAUCAUUUUACGUCUGGUUUCUGUUUCAAAAUGAUUGACUCUUACAAAAGCGAUCUGUGAUUGGCUCGUCGUCCUUUGUUUCCGAGAAAAGCUAAAGAUGGAAAGUCACAAGACUUCAUUGUUGGCUGUAGAGUGCAUCGAAGGUCACUUCGCCUUUGUUCCUAAGCCAUCAUGGAUCUGACAAAGCUAUUUCACAAUCUUCGCGAAGAAGUGUCUUGUUCGGUGUGCUCGGACUUGUUUACGGAUCCUAAACAUCUCUCCUGUCUGCACAGUUUCUGCUUAAAGUGUCUAAAACGACGGUACGAAACGUGUGGCGGUGGAGAGGCCAUUAAAUGUCCAAAGUGCCAAACCCUAAGCAGAGUACCUGCGAGCGGUGAUCUGAAAGAUCUUCCAACCAGCUUUUAUUUGAACGGCUUGAUCGAUGUUCUUGCUAUUAAAGAAUGCAAAAGAACUCAAGUGACAUGCGGAAACUGCGACAAGAAGAGUUCAGAAGCUUCGUAUUGUUUCCAGUGUUGCAUAUUUUAUUGCGAGCAAUGCCUGGUUGGUCACAAUAUGAUGCGAGACAAAAAGGAACAUCGCGUAUUGGCAGUUAAAGAGUUCCAAGACAAGGACUACGAGGAUGUAUUGAAGCGACCAGUGUUUUGUUCAAAGGAACGACACCAGAAAGAAGAGCUUAAAUACUACUGCAAAGAAUGCGAGACGGCUCUUUGCCAAACUUGCGUCACUUUGAAUCACGGAGGUCAUGAUUUGAGAUUAAUCGAAGAAGAAGCCGAAAACAAAACACUCGAAAUAAAAUCUAUCCUUCAAUCGCAAAGAAAAGGGUUAGAUGCAAAACUAAACGUGAUUGUUCAACUAGACGAAGACUGUGCUAAAGUGAUUCAACGAAGUGAAAUCGCCAGGAGAGAUGUCCAAAGGUUUGCUGAUGGCUUGAUCAAAACAAUUCAAGCAAAAAUGAAAAAUAUUAUUACCUCUGUGGAAAACCAAACGAAGAAGUCACUCGAAAGUUUAAAAGCAAAAAGAAGUGCGAUUCAGCAACAGAUAAAUGCCACUGAAUCAUCAUUGGGGGAAGCUGAUAAACUUUUAAAACGAAGCACCACCGCGGAAGUUGUUCAACUCAAAAAAUCACUACAAACAAUUUUUCAGGGAAUGAAUCAAUCCGAGCCUAUUGUUCAUGACCCCAGUAGUUUGCAGACUUUAGUUUUCGUGGAAAAUCAGAAGACGAUUGAUACCGUCAACGGGGAAGAACUUGGUUUCCUGUGCAUGGAAGAAGGUUAUCGAAAAAAACCGAGCAAAUUUUUGGCUGAAGGUGAAGGACUGAAAGAAGGAACUGUUGGGCGUAAAGCUCAAUUUAAUUUGAUUACAAGAAACGCGGAGAGAAAACAGUGGUAUAAUGAACACGACCGUGUCACGGUAGAGAUCAAGGACGAACAAGAACGAGAAUGCGUGACCCAAGUGAAAUUAGAUGAUAACAAAAAUGGAAUCUACAAAAUCACUUAUUUUCCUAUAGUCCAGGGAACAUUCAAAUUAUUAGUUAAGGUAAACGGGGAACAUAUUUCUUGUAGUCCUUUUACUGUGAUUUUAAAACCAUUUCAAGUCAAACCUGUUUUAUCUUUUGGAAAGAAAGGCUCGGGUGAUGGAAUGUUUAAUUAUCCUGUGGGGGUGGCAGUAAGUGAUAGGGACGAAAUAUUAGUAGCUGACAGCAGUAACCAUAGGGUUCAAGUGUUUGACAGUAAUGGUACUUUCUUAAGAUUCUUUGGUCACAAAGGUGAAAAUGCUGGAGAGUUAAAAUACCCUAUUGGAAUAGCCAUUAAUAAGGACAGGAAUAUUUUUGUAGUAGACAAUAACAACCACAGAAUACAGAUUCUUAGUUGGGACGGGAAGCACCUGGGUUCAUUUGGCGGCCGAGGAAGCCUUGAUAGUCGGCUCUCUUUCCCUUGGGGUCUAUCCUUAGAUAGUACUGGUAAUGUUAUUGUUGCUGAUACAGGUGACAAACUGAUUAAGAUCUUUACCCCGGAUGGUAGGUUUGUAAUGAAGAUAGGUGGGCAGGGUUCAUUUUGUUAUCCGGCUCACUGUGUUCAGUGUGGUGAAUAUUUCAUAGUGUCAGACUCACAUGAACACUGUAUCAAAGUAUUUAAUAGGGAGGGGCAUUUUCAGUACAAGUUUGGUAAGCAGGGGCAAGGGGACGGGGAGUUUAAUUAUCCAUAUUUUCUGUCAGUGACUCAGUCAAAGCACCUGUUGGUUUGUGAUAUAGUAGAGCAGAUAUGUGCUUCAGUUGUUCACUUUCUGUUAAAAGCAUGAAAUUUGGCAUGAUGAUAGUUUUCAAGGCCCUAAAAAAGAUAGGAUAUGGUGCCAUCGCCAAAAAGUCCAUUAAGUGUGAAAAAUAAGAGUUUUAAAAUGGCGGCCAUUUUGAACCGGAAGUGAAAUUAACAUUUUCUUUAAACGUCCGAAUUUUAGCAACUUGGAUAAGAAAAUUUCAGCAAAUGCCUAAGGCAGCUGUUUUUUUUAUUCAAAGAGAUAUUAUUUUAACGCAAAUUGUCUAAAAAAGUAGAAUAGACAUGAUAUGAGUGGCCGCCAGCUAGACCGGAAGUAAAACUACCAGAGUCGGAACUUUUAAGGAAUGAGCCUAAACUUCUGUUGUGCCUGCUAAUUUUCUUUACUUUAAUAUUUUCUUUAAAUCUAAUGUAUACACUCAAUUUAGUGUUUUCAUCAUAUAUAAUCCAUUACGUACUAAACUUGAGCCUACUUUGGCUAUGAUACAGAAUAUCGGAGAAGAACAGAUGAUAUCUCGGUGACCUAAUGACUUGAUACUUCAUGCAGACGAGUGCUUGUAAUCGAAAAAAAGAGUUUGUGAUUUACCUUUCACGAUUGUUACUCUUCUGGGCAUAACCCUUCUUACGCGAGCGUACUUGAUUAGUUCCACCCUCAACUUUGUAAUUACUGACAGUGGUGUGCAGGAGAGUCGCCACUCGCCUCUUAGAGAUAUCCAGCCCCAAUCUUGCAGACUAGGAACCGAGAUGCUUGGAACCAGUGCCUGCUGACUCCAUAUGAGGCCAGCAUGGUUCGCCGUGCCCUUGAAAUGUUUAAGUAAUGCAGGCCGCCGGGUCAAAGAAACUACCUUUGGCUUCGUCAGUUGACAGUAAAGAACUACUUUUUCUAUCGCAUAGAAGAACGUGUAAGCGAAAGCAACUCCGAUUAUUUCUGGAGGUGACCGGAAGUAUUCACCUUGUCACAUCCUGUGAAUGCAUGGAACGGAGAAAGUGCAAGUGCAGCCUUUUUAGUAAAUACGUUAGCAAUCUCGUAGGUUGCAAGGUAGCGUCGAUGUACAUUAGUACCAAAUAUAUGAUAGGGAAGGUAACUUGGCUUCAUGGUAGAGAAGCUUCAUGGGUAGUUAGAAUGGAGAGUGGACUCAACGAAAAUGUCUUGGACACAAAGAACAUAGAGACUUAAAAGAAGGGAAUCUGCUUUCUAGCUUUCUAGCGAAUUGACUUCAAACGAUGCAGGGAAAAGACUGGACAUCUGGCCCUAGACGACAUGCGUUGCUCAAUAUGCAAGGAAUCUAAAAUGCACCUGCUUGUUUCGAUCUUUACAAAAGAACUAGCUUUUUCCAGUAUCUUAGUAUAGUUCCUGAUACACGUUUACCCCAGAUCUUAGUCUUCAAGCUGUUCUCGGCGCGACAUAUUUGUCACAUACUAUAUCCAAGAGAAUACGUUUUACAUGCUCUGUGGAUUAACGUAAGUGAUGCACAUUCGGAAAACGGUUUUUCCUUAUUUUCUUGCAUGUGGACUUUAACAUGAUAAUCAGUGCUGCUCAGUCCAUGAUAAUUAAAUGACAUGGGAGUUACAUUGAACUCUCACUUCUGUUAAGAGAGGCGCACAUUCACUUGAUAGUGAAAUACAGCUGAAUUAAGUAAUGAUCCAGGUAAGAAGGAGGCAAUUUGUUUUGUUGUGGCGCAAUACACUUUCCUCACAUAGAAAUGUUUUCAAUUUUACGCAGAGAAUGCAUAAAUCCACAGAAAGGCUGUUUAAGAAAGACAAUGUGUUUAAACUCCACUUUUAAAGGGUGUAUUUUUGAGUUAAAACAUUUCGACCAAUCACAAGAGUUGCAAACAAUGACCAAGAAAUGUUCACAAUUUUACAUGAUCCGCACAUACGAUUUCUGUGUUACUUUGACUCAGACGAGAUUGUGUUAUAAGGAAGUUGGAUAGAAAAAAAGGGGAUUAAUAUACAUGCUGCUUUGCGAAGAUUUCGUGAAAUUUGAUGUUUAAACCAAUCAGAGCCUUAGUAGAGACAAUAGUAAAGUUAGCACCUUUUUGCAUUCCGACGUGUUCACUGCGUUUUGGUCCUUUCCUUCAUAUCUGGACCAUUACUUAAACCGCCGCCCGGUUAGCUCCAGGUGGAUGUAAACACCGGUCUACUGAGUGGGAAGCCGCGGUUUCAAACCCCGGCCGGACCAAUCGUCGAUCAGGAUUUUUAAAUAACUGACGUAAAGUGCUUUCCGAUGUCAUCUGUAAACGGUCACACUUUCUAGUCUUCUUGGAAUUAAAAAAAAACCUGUAGGCCCGGUCUCACGGUCCUUGUUCAUAUAAAAUGCUGUGGUAAGUUAAAGAACCUAUACACUGUUUGUAAAGAGUAGGCUGAGUAGGCUGAGUAGGGGACCCAUUUACCCAUUUUUCCAAACGAAUUUCCCGGAAGGUUCUUGAAAAUGGUAAACUUUGAAAUGAGUAGACGUUAUCGUGAAAGCAAUUUCAAUCCAAUAUGUACAUGCACAGUGUUAUUUGUACUCCUCAAUAACACAAAAUGGUGGAGCUAUUAUACUUCAAAUUACUUUGAAAGCAGUAAAGCAUUCUGCAUUCUAAUUAAUAGUGGAUCAACUCUUUUAACCCUUACAAAUUCUUCAAACUGGUCUCUAUACAUUUCCUUAAAAGGAUAAGUUGAGAGAAUUUGAUAAAAGAUCAAAGUAUUUUCUCUUAGGUGAUAAUUUUGUUAAUUCUAAAACCUAAUCUCUUGACCUUGUAUCAGGGGAUAUUGUGAGUCAGAAGAAAAUUGAUGUUGGUCACUAUUGGGACUUAAAGGGUUAAAACAAGUAAAAAGAAAUAAUUUAUUUUUUGCUAGUUUAAUUUGUUCGUAUGUUUGGCCUUUCCUAUGCUUAAAAAUGUGAAUCAUUGUUUCACAUUUUUUUUAAUUCACUACCGAAAUGAAUUGCUUUGAGUGAGUUGCAUUUUCCAUUUUAUCCCGCUUUUACCUCCGGUUCUUUGUAACACGGUUGACUUUGUAACACGGUUGACAUUUUUAUAUGACAUAAAAAUCCGGCAAAACAUAGAACAAACAAUUUGGUCGUCAUUUUGACCUUAACAUGCUAAAUUUCGUGUACUUUCGGUUAGGUGAUGUUUACUUCCGGUCAAAAUGGCGGCCAUUUUAGUAAUACCCCAAAAACCGGUUUAACAGGAAAAAUUUGCGAUGGCACCAUAUCACAUAUUAAUAGCCACGAUUAAUUUUUAUAAUAAACAAUUUCAUCGUUAUUUUGGUGUAAAAAAGUGCUUAAUUUUGUGUACUUUCGGUUAGAUGAUAUUUACUUCCGGUCAAUAUGGCGGCCAGUUUAAUUUUCACUCCAAAAACCAGUUAAACAGGAAAAUUUGCGAUGGCACCAUAUCACAUAUUAAUAGUCAUAAUUAGUUCUGUCAUUCCUGAAAAUUUGGUGCUUUUAACAAAAAGUGAGCAAUCCGGCCCCAAAUCUGCACAUAUCUGCCCCACUAAUAGGGAUAAUCAUAGAAUACAAGUCUUUGAACUAGAUGGGAAGUUUGUCGAAAAAUUUGGAACAAAUGGCAGCCAGUUAGGAGAAUUCAAGGAACCAUUCUCAGUAGCUGUUCUAAGUAAUGAUCAAAUUGUUGUGAGCGACAAAACGAAUCAUCGAAUUCAGAUAUUUCAAUAA